AUGAGGAAUAUUUCCAACUUUUCAGGAGUACUUAGUGGUCCUUGCAAUCCUAAAUGGCGCUAUUCUCCUCACUCUAGGAAAUGUUACCGUUAUUUUGACUUAGAUUUUCCAUGGCCAGCUGCUGAAGUAAACUGCUUUCUGCUUGGAGGGCAUCAUUUGUCGAUUCAUUCGAAAGCUGAAAAUAAAUUUGCGCGUGAUUCAUCGACUGAUUUGUUGAUUGAAGAGAUGGCUCGUGGCGCGAAGGAACUGUGGCUAGGCAGUGCUCAGUUUGGUGAUUCAGUUGAAUAUGAAUGGACAGAUCGUUCCAAAUAUGAUUAUGAGAAUUGGCCGAAAGGCAUACGGCCACAAAGAAAUACAGUCAGAAAAUGUACAAAAAUGAAUGUGCAAACAGGAGAGUGGUUUCAGAGUUGUUGUAAAAUCGCUGCGCCAUAUAUUUGUCAGAAAGAACCAAAUCUUGAUUCAUUUAGAUUGUAG